GUGGCCAGCAUGUCAAAGAUUGAACGACAAUAUUUAUUUCGGAACUAAGCACUUAACCAAGGCUUAAAGGUGUUUGCUUUUAUUUUUUCUACGCCAAAAAAUAUCACUGAAAAUUUAUAUAAAUUGAUGGGAUUGGAUCCCAAAGCGAGUAAUAGCUGAAAUGUCGUAUGAAGAUGACAAACUUUGCUGGAAGGACGCGGCUCGUAGGAUUUCAAAACUGCAGGAGUCGUCAUCUGACCGAUCAUUAAACUCAAACGUUAACGUAAUACUAGACGAACUGAAUUCUUUGGAUUAUGCAACAAGUGUGGUGGACAACGAAGAGAGUGCUUUACAAGUACUGUGUAAAUGUUGUACACUCAUACAGUCAGGAGGGAAUGAUGACUUUCUCAGCACAAAGUUCUGUCAACUGAUUGUUAAUCUGCUAGCAAAGCAAAAGGUUGACCUCAACCAGGAAACACUGAAUCAUCUCACCAGCUUCCUCAUUAACUGCAUCAAGAUUUGUAAAAAGUGGACUUUGCUGAACAUUUUACGAGCUUUAGGAUCUACUCUUUAUGAAAAUGGGUCACUCUGUGAACAGUUUGGUGAUAGACUAUUAGGUAAAGAUGGGGUGCUGGUGGGACUGUGCAGGGACAAGUCACAGGAGACUGAUGUUCUCUGCAACACUAUACAAUGUGUGGCUAAUAUAUGCAUGAGGUCAUCCAAUGGAUUACAUUUGGAUGAUAAAUUCAUAACACCAGCAUUCAACCUUCUUCUGGACCUUCUGCAAACUUCCAACCCAAACUCAUGUGGAACAGAGAUUGAACAUUUCAGGGUCAUCAAUGCAGUUUUGCGUGCUUUGUUAAAUGUUCUUGUUCUUGGGUGUGCAAAUCAGAGGUAUGAUCUUGGACCUCUCUUAGCAGCUCUUAAGAACUACAUGUUCUGUGGGUUGCCAGGCUACAAACCAGUGUACCCUGAGGAGAGGAACCACCAACUGGAGGAUCAACCAGGGAUUGAGCCAGAUGAUUUAUCCUCAGUCCACUUAGACACAAUACCUCAAAAAGAUCGUACGUACUCUGCCCUUAGCAAGAAGAAAAAGAGACGCUCUAACAACAAGAAGUCAAAACAAACUGCCUCACCUGUGGCACCCAAGCAAACAUCUGUUGGUAGCCUUUUAACAGAAGCACCAACACAAACAUUUUCAGCAAUGAAUUUAAAUAAUAGUUCAAGUAAAGAGGCUGGGCGUCAUGAGGACCAAUGUAUUAGUCUUAGACCCAGAAAUAUUCGAAGACAUGCGACACAUUACUCCAAAAGUAAUAGUUUUAGUCAAAAGAGCGACAGUCCGGCUCUGAAUACAAACACUCUUGAUAGAUCAGGUGCAGAAUCAUCAGGUUAUCACAGUGCAUCAAGCUUGUCCAAUGCAAGUUCUGACUCAGAAUAUUCUGACAGUGAGGCAGGACAGAUGGCAAGGUUAAGGUCUGUAACAUCAAAAGUUCGCCUGAAUGUUCUUCUUUGUCUUCAAGCUGUGAUUAAAAACACAGACAAAAAGGUUCUAUUUGGUUACUGGUCCUCGUUCAUUCCUGAUAAUACAAUGUCAGCAUCAUGGUCCAUUUUCACAACAAUUCUGAAGGAUCCCACUCCAAAGGGCCGAGCUGGUGGAGUGGCUGUCCUUAUGGACUUGUUGGAUGGCUCAAGACAAUUCUUGGUGGCUGCUGAAGAUCGAGAGCAGCACAGUUCUUCACCAUCAGCACGGCCUUAUACCUCUUUCUCUGCAAAACUGAGUGGAAUUGUGCAUGAACUUCACAGAUGUCUGCUGCAAGCUUUAGUGGCAGAAACAUCAGCUACUACUAAAGCCCAGAUAUUAAAGUGUCUGUCGAUUCUGGUACUGAACUCGCCAUACAACAGAUUGAAGGAAGGACUCGUCAGCAAAGUUGUCAGACAACUUAGGCCUUUACUCGCCCUCAAAGAUCCAAACCUGCAAACAGCAGUGUUAUCCUGUCUAAAAAUGGUUGUGUGCGUACACACCCCGCUACAAGAGGUGGUUGAAAUAAUGAGGCCAACUUCGGAGGAGAUCAACUUUGGGAACAGGAAUGUGUCCCAAAACAACAACAACACUACCCCUGACAGUGCCUCAGUUGAUUUGAAACCUGAUUUACAGGUUCCGCUUGAGUCUCCAUGGCUCAUAAACUGGUGUGUCAACACUAUAAAUAGGAGAGAAAACUCAUUGGUUGUGCGUUUGGAAGCUCUGCAGUUCUUGGGGUCCUUUGUGAAGAGCUAUGUCUUCUUACUAAGUCCCAUUGUGGUAGAGCGUCUCAGAAGUUUGGCCUGUUCAUGUUUAAAGGAUGUGGAUGUACCAUUCACGCUGUCUGCCAUGAAGCUUCUAGAGGAAAUUGCACGGGCAAUGUAUGCUGAAUUUUCAAGCCGUACUGAUAGGAAUGCAGUUUCUAAAGAACAGAUUUUACAAUUCUGGCUGAAGUUACUGGACGGUCCUCUCAUCACUGUUAUACAAGAGGGUAGCUCUGUGUCUGCUCCUUCUUGUAGUGCUGCAGUUGACUGUCUGUCAAACAUUGGAGCUGUUAUCUUUAACGAACUUGCAUUACACAAGCGUAUUCUUUGCAUCACCCUUUUACUUGGUUUGUCCAAUGAUGAAGACAAGAAUGUGAAGGCCUCAUCAGCACGUGCUCUGGGCGUGUUUGUUCUGUACCCUUGCCUGAGAGAUGAUGUGCUGUUUGUAGCAGACGCAGCUAAUGCCAUGCUCGCAGCCAUGGCGGAUCCUAAGAUAAUGGUGCGGAUGAAGGCAGCUUGGUCACUGGCUAAUCUCAGUGACUCUCUGGUGACGAAUAUGUCUUGUGGAGAUACCAGUUUUAUGGGGGAUUUUUCAGACAUGUUGCUAUUGAAGCUGUUGAAUACUUCCAUUGCAGCGGCGGAUGAUAACGAGAAGGUGAAGUCCAACGCUGUCAGAGCAUUAGGAAACUUUCUCCGCUACAUCAGGAUGUCAUCUUUGAAUAAACCGGGCUUUGUGGAGGCGGUGGAGAAUGCUGUUCAAGCGCUGGUGAGAAACGUCGGCUCAGGGCUUAUGAAGGUUCGCUGGAAUGCCUGUUACGCCGUUGGCAAUGUGUUUCGCAAUCCUUUCUUGCCAAUCGGCACAGCACCUUGGACGGCUCAGAUUUUCAUUGGUUUGGAAAAUGUAAUUCGCGACUGCAAGAACUUUAAGGUUCGUAUCAAUGCCGUCCUACCCUUGUCGAUCCCCCCAGAGAGGCGUUACUAUGGAGACGUGGCUCUGUACUGUCGGGUGUUCGCCACAUUGAUUGAUGCCUUGAAAGGUACUGAGAAGGUCACAGAGUUUAGUGAAUUCAAAUACAGAGAUCAUUUGAGGCAGCAGCUUUGCAAUUCACUUUGUCAUAUGACGCAAAUGAUGACCGAAGAAGACGCCAGUUCUCUUAGUUCUACGUUGAAGGAAAACUACGAUGCAUUGAAAGAUUACAUGGCAGAUUAUGUUCGGUACCUUCAAACUCAGGAGUCGUCAUUUGAAGAUCAAAAGGAAGAUAAUACAGCAAUUGAAAAAUUAUCCGCUGUACAGGGCGCUUACAGGCGAGUGCAUGAGGAGCUAGAGGCAUCUAAGCCCGCGGUUAAGAUCUUGCAAGAUGUUUUUGGAGAAUGGACCAAGGCUACAGGGACUGAAGAUGAAACGAGGACAACAGAACCAGUCAAGUCUGAGUGACAUCUUGGUUUCCAAACAUCAGCACGAAUUCUUAGUGGUUCAUGAAGAUAUUAUGCUUGGGGAGCCUCUAAGAGAAGAAGGAAAAAUAUUGUCUUGGUUACGGCGGAACCCAGAGAGAGAUUGACGAAAAAAAGAAACGUUUCACUCUCGAAGUUAACUUGGUCACAAAGUUUGUCAGUUAUUUAUUUUUGCUUCCUUCGGCUCAGACUUUGAAUUAAAGAAUUUAAACAAAGAAAAUUGAGGUAUCAUGUGGAAUGUCUUCGUCUGGAAAAAAAGUUUUAUUCUUGUCAUCACAUGCAAAAUGGGUGGGCACCAGGGAGGGGAUGAGCUUGCCACGUAUUGAAAGAUCAUCUGACCGAGAAUAUAGGUGCAACUCUAAACAAAAGGGAACACCUGAUCAACGCAGCGUAUAAAGAGUUAAAACUCCGUCGAUGUAAAUAUAAUUCUCAGUAGUGUCUGCCAUACAUUUCUUGCAAUUUUAGUUCUGAAAACAUAAUGCUAAAUCAAACCAUUUUCCCAAGUUCAUACUUUUAUCUCUUCUACUUGAAAAUGUAUUAAUCUUAACGGGGAGAUCCCAGGUCCAGAGAGGAGAAAGAUCACUAAGGCAGAAAAUUAGGGCGUGGCCGGGAUAAGUAGAACUCACUAAAGUAACAUACAGCAUCGACAGAAUGAUUCCUUGAAGGUCCUUACUUUUUAUCAAAAUAACUGA